AUGGUGCAGGUUCAUAUUUUCUUAAAAUUCUUAAUUAUAAGUAAUCAAUGGAUUAUUAAAAUUUUUUUAGAAUCAUUACCUUCGAAAAUUUAUUAUAGAAAAACAUCCGAUUUAACAGAUGAUUUUUGUACGUGGGAAGAUGAUAAGGUUCAAACAACAAAAAAUCAAUUAAAUAUAUAUGAGGGCAUUAAGAAUGAUUUGGAUAAUAUUAUGAGAGUUUUAUGUUAUUUAUCUUUUAAAGAAAAAGGAAAUUCAUGUGAUGAACAAUGUCACUAUUUGUAUUAUUGGAUAGGAAAUAUAUUAUUUAAUAAAUUAAAGGAAGAAAAUUCAGUUACAACAGUUAUUGAUGUACUUAAUAAUUUUUCACGUAAUCUUGGUUCAUCUCAAAAUUGCAGAUGUAUAUUUCCGAAAGGUAUUAGUGAAGAAGAAUUUACAAAAUUGAAGAUUGUACAUGAUUAUUGUAAAGACUACGAAACUAUUCAGCACAAUAUUACAUAUAAAAAAAUUAUGUGUAAUGAUGAAUUUAGUAGUUACCUUGUUAAAGCUACUAGUACAUAUGAUAAUUUGUAUAGGGAAUGCGUAACAACAAAUUCUAAAGAAUACUGUGUUGAAGUUAAAAAACAAGUUCCUACAUGCUUUCAGAAGAAAUUAUCUACUUUGUCGUGUCAAGUACAGGAUGUCUCACAUCAAGGUUUAGAUGAAGAAACUUCUGCAUUAGCUAAACAAUCAGGAACUAUGGAUGAACAGUCAACCUUUAAUCUAUCUCAAAUUUUAAUGUUGGCUACUCUUCCAAUUGCAGGAAUAUUAUUCUUUUCCUUUAUUAUAUAUAAUUUUACUCCCUUUGUAUCGAGGAUACGUAAAUAUUUAGUAAAGAGGAAAUUAGUUAGACAUAAUUUAAAUUAUACAGAUAGACAGGAAUUAACAGAAUACACAUCUUUGCAACCAAAAUCAAAUGUGGAGAGAAGACAAAUAAAUAUUGCUUUCCAUUCUUAA